AAUAAAUUCUAAGAAGUAUAUAAAAUCAUUAAUUCUGUUAGAAUAUUAUUAGAGAGAAGAUUUUUAUCUCUAAUACUAGAAAUAGCAAUUAGAAAAACAACGCGUGUGACAAAGACACGGUCUAAUAUUUGUGUUAUUGUAUUUACGUGGGCUUCGCGGCUACAAGCUGCGAGUAAUCUUACAUAUGAAUAAAAUUGUUCGAACUGAUUUUUUUAUCGAGAAAGAUAUGAAGUAUCCCUUGAAAAAAAAUGUAAACGAUCUUCUUACAGAUAAGGAUAAUCCUGUGGUUUUUCUGGACAUUGCGAUAGGUCCUGAAAAAGUGGGAAGAAUCGUCAUAGAAUUAUUUAAAAAUGUGGUGCCGCAAACUGCGGAGAAUUUUCGUGCCUUGUGCACUGGCGAGAAAGGCACUGGAAUAAAGGCUACGAGGUUACAUUACAAGGGGAGUACUUUUCAUAAAAUCAUUUCGCAGUUUAUGAUUCAGGGUGGAGAUAUUGUCAAUUUUAAUGGGACCAGUGGCGAAAGUAUUUACGGUCCUUAUUUCAAUGAUGAAAAUUUUACAUUGAAACACAUAUCUGCUGGAUUGCUUAGUAUGGUAAAUGAAGGACAACCACAUACCAACAGUUCUCAGUUCAUCAUUACCAUUCAAUCUUCUAGACAUUUGGAUAAUACCAAUGUAGUUUUUGGCGAAGUUAUAAAAGGCAUGGGCAUAGUGUUAGAAAUUGGUAAAGUGCAAACUGAAAAGGACAUUCCAGUUGAUAAAAUAAGUAUAAUUGAUUGUGGAGAAUUAAAAAAAAAUGAGAAUUGGGGAUUAGAAGAAAAUGAUGGAUCAGAGGAUGUUUAUACACCAUGGCCAGAAGAUUGGGAUUAUUUUUUACAUGUUGAGAAACUCAGUCAUAAAUAUAUGGAAAAAGUCAUAAGAAGGAUAAAGGAUUCUGGAAAUUUUUAUUUUUCCAAAAAGAAUUUUGUUGAUGCAGGUAGAAAAUAUAAAAAAGCAUUACGGUAUUAUCUUUGGAUGUGCCAGCAGAAAGACAUGCCAGAUACAAUUUAUGUUUCAUUGGUAGAUCUUAAAUCAGUUUUAUUGCUUAAUUUAGCUGCUGUAUAUCUAAAACGGAAAGAGUAUCGCAAAGUCAUACAUUUCUGUAAUGAGGUUCUGGAAACGGACAAUACCAAUGGUAAAGCUUUAUUUAGGAGAGGGCAAGCUUAUAGUGGCUUAAAUGAAUAUAAAUUAGGAAUAGUAGAUUUAGAGAGAGCAUUUGAAAUAUAUCCUAAUGAUAAAGAUAUUACACGAGAAAUAAUAAGAAUAAAAAAGUUGAAAAAUUCUUAUUUAGAAUUUGAGAAAACUACAUGCCAAAAAAUGUUUCAUUAGUACGUUUUACAUUUAUAA